UGAUCAAGUAUGAGUGGUUCGAAUUUGUUAAUGUGAUUGAAACUAUAGUUACUAUUGAAACCAUCCAAACGUCAAACGUUUACUCAAUUCAUCAUGGAUGAAGUUCCAGAAAGUAUUCAAAAUAAGGCCAAUCUUGCAGCGGACCAAUUAAUUCCACAUAAGUCUAAAAGUUUAUAUAAUCUGGAAUACUCAAAGUUUGUUAAAUGGUUAGCCAACAACGGUACAGGAAUUAUUAAUGAAGUAGUACUCUUAGCGCACUUUCAGGAAUUGUCUGAAGUGUUUCAACCAACGUCUUUAUGGACUAAAUUUUCUAUGAUUAAAAAAACGCUGCUUUUGAACAAAAAUGUUAAUAUUGGAAAUUAUGCAAAAUUGACGCAAUUUUUAAAAAACGUCUCCAAAGGUCACGUGUCCAAGAAAUCAAGCGUAUUAACGCGCGAGGAUAUUUUAAAGUUUUUGCGGCAAGCACCUAACCACGAAUAUUUAUUAGUGAAAGUGGCACUAAUAUUUGGGAUCUACGGCGGAUGCAGAAGGCAAGAACUAUGCGACAUGCUUAUUAGUGAUGUAGAAGAUAGAGGUGAAGUUAUUGUGGUUACAAUUCCUCAAACAAAAACUGAUAAGUAGCGAAUAUUUUCCAUUAUUAAUGAGACGGAAAUGGAAGCCAUCCAAACCGUAAAAAAGUAUUUAGCACUGCGUCCGCAGCACUGCAACUUGAAGCGGUUGUUUUUAGGCUACAGGAAAGGGCUUUGCAUUGCUCAACCUGUUGGGAAGAACACGUUUGGGAAAAUCCCCUCUACAAUUGCAAGUUACUUAGGCUUAAAGAAUCCUGAAAGUUAUACGGGUCAUUGCAUGCGUAGAACUUCUGCUACGUUACUCGCGGAUGCCGGUGCUAGCAUGACUACACUAAAGAGACAUGGGGGAUGGAAGAGUACAACUGUAGUAGAAGGGUAUAUUGAAGACAGUUUAACAAGCAAGAACAAGGCAGCUAAGCUAAUUGCGGGAGAAUCGCUAAAUAUUAGUACAGCGUCAAAUCAUCUGGCAAAUACUAAUUCACCAGUAAGUUUAAACGGUGGCAAUGCUAUCUUUUCGGGAUCUUUCAGUAAUUGCACCUUUAAUAUUAAUGAAAAAAAAUAAAUACUGCUAUUUUUCAGGACGUAUUUAUGAAAUGUUAAUAAAGUUUGUUCCAUUGUUGCGUUUUUCUUUAAGAAGUGACAUGUAUUUUAUCUGUAAGGAAUCUUUCGCACGGAGAGCCCUACGGCUCGCACUUGUGACAGUUAAUAGGUAUUGACAUUUAAUAAUUGACGUUUCUGUUUUGUCAUUAAGUAUAAAUGAGUUACUAUGGUGAUACUUAAUGCCCUAGGGCAUAAAGUGGUACUUUAUGCCCGCGUAUCACAGAUAUAAAAUGUGCUAUUAUAUGUUAGUAAGACAUAAAAUAAAAUAUGCGUUAUAUUUAGUACUUUAAUGCCUUCGUAGCUGCAAUAAAACAAUAUUUGCAAUAGCAACAACCUUAGGAGGGUUAUUUGGAUAACCGCAAAACGCAUCAUAGGAUUUAUAUCCAGGAAUACCGGGCCCUCCGUGUUUGUGUGGUAUCCUAUAAGUAUAUCAACGAUCUCGUCUGGCGAAAUGUAGAACUUCUAAAUGAUAUAUAAAUUAAAAAAUAUGGAUUUCUUGAUCCAAAUGUUAGUUUAAAUUCAUAUGUAAGUAAACUAGUGGUAGGUAGGUAUCUGUUAUAAUUUGAAGUUGACGCGUUUGAGGAAGGAAGUGGUGUGUGCGCGCAUGAAUGUCAAUUAAGUGUCUUGUUGAGUUGCACACGAAGAGAGACUCAUUUUCGUUGUAUGUGUUAUUUCUCGUGCUUUGAUUAAAUUUCUAUUUACACUAUUACAUUAUUAAUCAGUGUUUUACUUACAAUAGUAUCCAAUAGUUUUGUAGGUUAGCUAUAUUAUAGUGUAGAGGGUGAAUUCUAAUCCUCUACUGAAAUGGUAACUAGGGGGUAUCAAAAUUAAUAUUUCUUCAAAACAAGUUUUGUUCAAAUUGUAAU